GAUAAGAUAGUCUGUAAUGACUUCACUUCUGACCUCAGGCUCUUUCUCAGGCACUGAAUGGCUUUGUUUCUACCAGCAGAUUCUGUGGUGGCAACUGCUAAGCUUGUUCCCAGUUCCCAGCUGGAGCACCAGAGCAACUUUCAUCAUGAACUCAUAUCUGACAAAGAGGAAAUUUUAAAAGAUCUCUAUGCUCAAAAGAGCCGAAGCUAUUCCUAUUCUCAAUCUGCAGAAAGCAGUCAAUACGGCUGCAGGCAUGGAGUCUCCUGUUCAGAUGGACUGCAGAGUAAGUAUCUCACAAGCCAGACCAAGACUCUGCCAGUUAAAUUAGUGGCCACACAGAAAGAAGGAGUGGACCGUGCUUAUCCUCUGAAACCAAUUCCUCACAAGGGUGUGAGUAUUCUAGUGUUUAACACAGCACAGCUCAGAAGUUCCCCAGGUAUGGAGGAAGUUCCAAAUGGUACUCCUAGCUCAAUGAGCAAAGGGAAGCCUCCAGCAGGGAGGUCUCAGCUAGAUGCAGAGCUCUUUCCUUGGACAGCAGAGUCUAAAAAAUCAGCCUCCAACCUGUACAGGAGAGAGCAGGCCUACAUCCUAAAGUUGGAGGCAGAUGGACGGAACCUGGAAGAGGAAAUUCGAAAGAAAGAGGCCUUCCUCAGAGAGAGACUGAGGAAAACAAAGGAGGAGCUUAGGAGGAUUCAAAGAGAGAAGGAGCUUGUCGAGGCAGAGGAAAGAAGAGACAGAGGGGCAGGGAGGACCCAUGAGCAAAGGGCCACAAGGCACCCUGAAGAGAAAACGUUCAGAGCUGCAGUCACGCCCAGCAAUGGGGCCUUUCCUGAGAUACAGUCUGCAGAGGCCACUGUCCCCAAGCCUGGCACCACCCUCCAACCCCAAGAGCUGGCUAUGGGGAAACUCAAGAAGGAGUGGCUGGUGGCCAGCAACAGCAAAAUUCAAGACCACAUACCUAUGAAGCCUUUAGCCUCUUGUUCAAAGCUGGCCCCAAAAUGUAGCCCUUCUCCCUCUGCCCUCUCAGACCAAGAUCCUGGUGGCCACCCGUCUCCAGAGGUGCUGUACAUGCAGCCUGCCAGCGCUGUGGAGCACAGGGACCUUGGACAAUGCAGCUUUUGCAGACGUACGUUUCUCUGUGCCAGGCUUGAGAAGCACAUGAGUAUCUGCAGCAAGAGCCAAGGCUCCAGGAGGAAAGUGUUUGAUUCCAGAAAGGCCAGAGCUAGGGGCACAGAACUGGAACAGUAUCAGCAGAGCUCAGAGAGGUCUCAGAAUGAACCAUCUAGAAAGAAUGACUGGAGACAGAAACAUGAGAUUUUCAUCCAGACCUUGCGCCAGACCCGCCAGGUGCAACAAGUCCUCUCCAGGGGAGGAAAGGUGUCUGACCUGCCCCCGUUGCCUCCCAUUGAAAAUCCAGACUACGUUGCCUGUCCCUACUGCAGCCGCCAAUUUGCUCCCCAAGCAGCUGAGAGACAUAUUCCCAAAUGCAAAAACAUCAAGAACAGGCCCCCACCACCCAGGAGGCGCUGA